UCCUUCUUUACUUAGCUAAAUUUGUCACAGAAAAAUUAUUUCUAUACUUCUUUACCUCUAUAAUUCUUUACUUCUCUACUUUCUCACUUCUAGACUUCUAAAGGAAAGCUAAAAAUAAAUCCAAAAAUGGUAAAUGCUUUGACUGCCUUUGGCCUGGCCAUUGGCUGGAUGGACAUUGUGGGCGUCCUGUGCUUUGAGCUGGUUAUGUACUAUAUAAUGCGGCAACGUCGCUCGGCUGUAAAGGCAGACUUGCCAGCAUUGGAGAUUCAGCCUGUAGAAGACCAGAAGCCAAGGAACCCUUUGCCUAACCUGUUGAGUCGUCAGCGCAUGAUGGAGACUGAGAAUGCUUGGAUUUUUUGGGGCUACUUGUUGAUGCUGAAUAUGUGGAUUGUGGUUUCCUUGCUCAUGAUAGCUGGCAUUAUAAUGCAUAAACCGGAAUUAAUGACUAUUUAUUUGAGUUGGUGCUUCUGCGGUUUGGUCAUUGAUGUUCUCAUGAUUUUCUGGUGGAUCUUUGAAAUGUUUGUGGGUGAUACCAUCGUGGCCAUGACCAAUAUCCUCAUCUCCCUGCUGACCUUUGCUGUUGAAUUGGCCUUUGUUUUGGUAAUUUAUGCCAUCUAUCUUAACCUGUCUUGGUCGCCAGAUGCCGUCAACACCAAAGUGACUGCUUAUUUUCACUGGUUAUUGCUUGAAUAAUAUGUUUUCCUAUAUUAUGAAUGUCUUGUAAUUUUGAUAUUGCAUUUUCCUGUAGGAAAAAAAUUCAUUAAACUGCCAAUAGCCAGAGGUCA